AUGACGGUUUCUAAUUUGACUUCAUCUACUGCCAGUGUUCGCUCACAAAAGCAAACUGAAUCUGCUCGUAGCAAGUCUAUCCAUACAACCCCGCCAGACUAUAAACCUCAUCUUAAAGGCGCAUACGCAUCUUUGGAAGUCGCCUUGUCAUGGACUCCUCCACCAUUCACGCUCAAGGAUAUUCGCAAUGCCAUUCCUGGCCACUGCUUCAAACGUAACACUAUGCGAUCAAUUGGAUACGUUGUGCACGAUGCUAUUCUUUUAGCGGUUUUGUUUUUUGCUGCUACUUAUAUCCCCUUGCUUCCCGUUGCUCUGCAAAUCGUUUCCUGGCCGCUUUACUGGCUUGCACAAGGAAGCGUGGGAUUUGGCGUCUGGAUUUUAGCUCACGAAUGUGGUCAUGGUUCUUUCUCUCCAAGCACUACCAUCAAUAACAUAUUUGGCUGGGUUAUGCAUUCAAUUGUUCUUGUCCCUUAUUUUUCGUGGAAAUAUACUCAUUCCAAACAUCACAAAGGCACAGGCCAUAUGGAAAAAGACGAAGCGUUUGUACCGGAAGUCCGCAGUAGCAUGAACUACUCUGAAGACUCAAAAACCACUCAGAAAUCUGAAACCCACGUACACCAGGAAUCUUUUAUUGAAGAUGCGCCUAUUGUCCAACUGGCUGGUCUUCUCAGCAUGCUUAUUUUUGGAUGGCCCGUAUAUCUCCUCACACACUACACCGGCCAAACCUACCCAGGAUGGGUCAACCACUUUAACCCUUAUGCUAAAAUAUUUACCGAAAAAAAUCAAAUCUAUAUUCUCUUGUCCGAUCUAGGCAUCUUUCUAGUUCUUGGUGCUGCCUACUAUGCCUGCACCAUCUUUGGCUACUUGAAUGUCUUUAUGUAUUAUGUCAUGCCCUACCUAGUUGUCAAUUUUUGGCUAGUAACGAUUACCUUCCUGCAGCACACAGAUCCUCUUGUUCCACACUACAGAAAUGGAGAGUGGGAUUUUAUGAGAGGGGCUUUGGCAACUGUCGACCGUGAUUUUGGCAUCUUUAAUCACUUUCAUCACCACAUCUCUGAUACUCAUGUGGUACAUCACUUGUUCUCUACCAUGCCACACUACCAUGCACAAGAAGCAACUGAGGCUGUCAAGGAGUUUCUUGGAAAAUACUAUUUGUACGACUCUACUCCAUUCAUGGUUGCACUCUAUCGCAAUUAUAAAUUGUGUAAAUUUGUUGAAGACGAUGGCGACAUUGUCUUUUUUAAACACUAG